CAGUCCAACGGCCGUCGGGACGCUGGCACGUCGCGCGCGCGCGUGUUUUUCCCUCGCCGCGUCCACCGAACACGCAUAUUUGUAUUUACAAAAUAAACAUUGUUAUCCCAUCAAUUAAUAACAUUAACCUCCACUAAUUACCCCACUUAUUAUCAGUCAAAAGAAUAUAAAAGCAUUGGAAAAGUGUCAAAGUGACAAUAGUAUGAGUUAGAGAUGUCGUGCCCGUUUCGUCGUUCGUCCUCACAUGUCAUCGGCGCGGCUGGAAGCGGCGGCGGCGGUGGUCCGCCGGCAGCGCAGCUUAAACGCACCCUUACGCAUCGUCAAAGCUCCGUACACAUUGCCGGCCCGGACGACAUCGACAGCGAGGAUCGCAACACGCUCAAUCUUAAGAAUCUCAGCACUGCAAUUUUACUCCUCACAUCACCACCUAAUGAAGACUUGCAAAAUGCGUUGCGAGAGCUUUUGGACAGCGAAAGAGAAGUUUUGGGAGCAAAUGCACAAUACUACGACUGUUUGUCUGUUUUACCCGAAAACGUGACCGAAUGCCAGAACUACGCCUAUCUUGAAGACAUUUAUGAUAUACUGACCAAAAAUCCAGAUGUGGACGAAAAAGACUUCGUGGCGAAAUUAGGUAAAACGCUGAUAGAGCAAUCGUGCACGGGGCGCAUCGAGCGAGCAUUCGCCUGCCUCGGCGGCAAUUUGCGCGAAUUUCUCGCCACAUUAGACGGCGUCCACGACGUGCUGCAGCAUCAGGAUGAAGACGCCGACGCCGCCACGGAGCAAACCGAGGCCGGUUUCGUGUGCACCAGCAACGCCGACAAUCUGCAGCUGGAUUUCACCACCGAACAACGCUCGGUUGCAUAUUUGUUGGUUGGCAGUCUUAAAGCACUUGCAGACAAACUAUAUUCAACCCAGGUCGAUAUUGACGUCACACAAAAUAAACACGAUGCUACAAAGUUUCGAUAUAAAAUCAAGCCGUGCACAAAGCAGGCGGACGUGGUGUCCCCAACAGACGUCGCAUCGUCGCCCGACCUACGAAUGGGCGUCGCGACCUUUUGCAAAGCGUUCCCGUGGCACUUCGUUAUGGACAGGCGAUUGGAGCUUGUGCAGUUGGGCGCUGGCUUCAUGCGGCUAUUCGGCAGGCUACUCAAGACGCUCGGCACCGCUGUGCACACAUAUUUUAAGUGCCAUCGUCCGAAGAACAUUAAUUUAUCCUUUGAGGAUGUACUCAAACGCGCCAACACUCCUUUCGUCCUUGCUAUACGUGAUUUGAAACAGGAUGCACAAGGACAGGGAUUGGAACUCAAAGGGCAAAUGGUUUACUGUGUCGAAUCGGAUUCGUUGCUCUUCAUUGGCUCGCCGUUCUUGGAUGGGCUGGAGGGACUUACUGGAAAUGGACUUUUCAUCUCUGAUAUUCCUCUUCACGAUGCCACUCGGGAUGUUAUCCUCGUGGGAGAACAAGCGCGAGCGCAGGAUGGUCUACGAAGACGCAUGGAUAAACUAAAAUCCUCCAUCGAGGAAGGUAACCGUGCCGUUGACAAGGAGCGAGAGAAGAACGUCAGUCUUCUGCAUCUCAUCUUCCCGCCCGACAUCGCCAAACGCUUGUGGCUGGGAGAAACAAUCGAAGCUAAGACCCAUGAAGAUGUAACAAUGCUUUUCAGUGAUAUAGUCGGCUUUACGUCCAUUUGUUCGACGGCAACACCGAUGAUGGUGAUCAAUAUGCUUCAGGAGCUGUACAAUCAAUUCGACAUCUACUGCGGACAGCUGGACGUCUAUAAGGUGGAAACCAUCGGUGACGCAUACUGUGUAGCUGGUGGACUUCACAAGGAGUCGACGACGCACGCUCAACAGAUCGCCUGGAUGGCGCUGCGCAUGAUAGACACGUGUAAAUUGCACCAGACGCACGACGGACAGCCGAUAAGAAUGCGAAUUGGUUUACACACUGGCACAGUGCAAGCCGGAGUGGUGGGUGUGUUGAUGCCGAGAUAUUGCAUGUUUGGCCACAACGUCACAGUCGCGAACAAAUUCGAGUCGGGCAGCGAACCGCUUAAAAUCAACGUCAGCCCCACGACGCACAUACGACUGGUAACCGGUGAUGGGUUCAGCUUCGAGGCGCGGGACCGCAGCUGCCUCCCGAAGGACUUUCCGCCGAACGUCGAGGGCACGUGCCAUUUCCUUACCGGAUACGUCCAUCCAGACGUCGCGCCAGGGGCCGCCCUGCGGGAGCACAUCGCCGCUGGCGUUGCCGACAUCGGGCUCAAUUCCGACCAUUAAUUUGGUAUACUUUGCGCUUACACAAAUCACCACCACCAUCACUGCUGAGUUUUAUGCGAUGCUUUUUUAUUGAUUAGUGUAGUUGCGCGAGAGUUAUAGAUGCAUUUUCUUAGUUAUUAAUUAAUUACUCAAAAACUAUAUAAUUUAGUUUACUGUUUUUUUUGACAAAAUAUUGUAGGAAACUGUAAUAUUCAAUUAUAAAUAAGUUUUUGAAAGAAUCAUAACUUUAUCAUGAAUAGUUUUUGAGUAAUUAAGAAAUAUCUAACCAAAAAGCUUUCACAUUUAGAUUGACGUAUCGUGCUUAUAACAUAAAGAUAUUAAUUAUAAAUUAAUGAAGGGGAAAAGUGUGGUAACCUUUACUAUGUAAAAAUAAUUGGACAAAACUUGUAAUUACAUGUACAUACUUUCGAGUUUACUAUGCUAAAUACGCUAAAUAGUCUAACUAUGAAGUUUAUCGCUAAUUAUCUUCGUGAAAUUAGUCAAAUUUUAAUUGAAAUAUUUCUGUGACAUUUCUGGUGAUGACCUUUAUCACUAUGCCAAAUUUGAUGAAUAUCGGUUGGAGCGUUUAGCAGAUAAGCAGAUAAAAAGUUUAUGAUAAUUAGACAAAAGUAACGCGUCACUGUGAAUCGUCUUAAUUAAUUUCGCUUAGCCGGGUACGAGAUUAAUUGCCUCGGCCCUACCCCCAAACCCCAAACCGACAUCGUGCGACACCGGAAGAUUAAAUCUACCCCUCGUUCCGCCAUCAUACAUCUCCUAAUUACAUUCAUCUCGAAAUAUCUAAAAUUUCGCUUGUUUUCUGAAAUUAAAUUCGAAAAGCGUAUAAAUCACUCGAAUAAUUAACUGCGAUUAUUGCAAUAACAAAGAUCCAAGUCUGUGACUUUGAAAACAGCAAACAAUUAAUCACAAUUAUUUAUUUCUAGCAUUCUGUUCGCGAUAGCACAAGUUGAAUUCGAAAAAGUAUUUUAAUUGUGUGUGCACUUUGCGGCGGCAUAAUAAAUGCGGUAUUUUAAGACUUGCGCUGAGGUUGGCGGCCGGGCAAGUUGCGUUUCCGGUGGCUGGCGGCUGUCAGACUAAAUCCGGAAGGCGUGCCAACGCCAGGCGGACAGGGCGCGUCGCUAGUUUAAUGGAAAAUAUAAGAAUUAAUAGUGCAUGCAUCUCUGCGCGCGGCCAUUACUCAAAUGAGACAAAGUGCUCGCGCAAUAAUUUUAAAUGCGUCGUAAAUCAGGAUUUUCUUCUUCCGGUUGGUUGUAGCGCAUCUUUCCGUUAUUGCAAUCAGCGGCAGUUACACCAAGAGCAGCUGCUUAAUUAGCAUCGUAACGAAACUAUUAACGAGGAGUAAAAAAACUGCGAACAUGCUAAUUAUUUCAAGUAUUCCGCUUUAAUUUCCUCAUGACACAUUUCAUCAAAGUGAAAGGAAUGUAAAAAAGAUAUAAAAAUCUAUUUUACAAGUACAUAACUUCAACUUCUUAUUUGGGAUUUUUAAAAAGUGGAAUUUUUGAAAAAUUGCAUUUUCCUAUAAAUCAUUUUAAAUCAAUUAAAAUCAACUUGUUGAAGAUUUAUCUACGCUACAAAUGAAAAAUUUUACGAUGCACUAAUUGCAUUUUCUUCAUAAAUUACCGCAAGUGCACGAAUACCACAGGAAUUUAAUAGUUUUAUGAUAAAAAAUGUAUGCGUUAAGAUGUAGCUGUUGUUGUUGUUCUUGUCGUGAAUUACGCGUUUUGAAUUGUUGUGCCGCGCGGUUGCGCGGUUUUCGGCGAUGACGUUAAUGGAUGGUCCUGCAUGGUGGUCCUGAACUUGUCGCGCACUCGCCUUGACUGAGUUCCACCCUAUCGCGGGCGAACGCGCCUGUCAGCAUCGCGCCAACAAUUCCGGAGUUAAAUAAAACUCCCGGACCCAAAACGCGAGCGAGAGAUGAACGCCGCCGCACGCUGGAUUUAUUUAUAGAAUCGAUGCCUGCCAGCCAGCCAGCCCUUCGCAUUGUGUUAUAAAACGGCCGGAAUGAGUUGAAAUCAUUGAUUUUAUUCAAUUUUUGUACGUCAAUAAAAAAUAAUCAACAAUACACGUACUCUCAGUCCAGUUUAAAUGCGGUUGAUCAACAUAUUUAAAGAACGAAAUAUUUUUGUUUAGAUUUUUAAUUAUUACUCAUAAAAUAUUUAUGUUUAGAUAUAUUUUUUGAGAGAUUUAGGUUGGGGAUUAAAUUUUGCAUCUGUUUAUGAAAAGAUUUAAAAAUUUACUCAUAUUAAGCAAUAACAGUUGAUUAAUAUUUGUUAUUAAUAAUAUUUUCAAAUGAUGAAACGCGCAAUUUAUUAAUAAAUAGAUAUCUGAAGAAAUUUUUAGUAUAACUUAAUUCGCUUUUGAAAAAUUAGUAAAAAAAUAACUUAAAAACUAUAAUUUAUCCUCGUCGCAAGUUAUAUCAAACAAAAUAUCUAUAUAUUAUUGAUUAAUGAUUUAUGAACUUUUUGUUUUCAUUUUUUUUUCCCUUUUAUGUUUCUAAGAGUAAUGGCGGAACGUAAACAUCAAUUUCUUUACAAAUAAAAAUUUGGAAUGAAAGCAUGACCAAGAUAGAAAUGUACAAAGUUGCUCCAGAAUCACUAAAAGUACAAGACUUUUAUGAUUAACAUAAAUAAUAAUUUUUAUUUCCCUUCAUAUAUCUUACGAAAUAAAAAUCUACUAAUCUCUUAAAGUUUAAGCAAUAAUUUCGUUGUUUCAAUUGCCUCGCAUGCGCCGUCGUAAACUGCGCUCGACCAAGCUUUAUUGUGAUUCGGUUAUUGACUGAAAUUAAGUAUAGAUUGCGUCAUCCUUGAAAGUUAAUUGAAAUAUCGGAAAAAUUUGCUCGCGCAGUAAACACUACUCGACUACCCUCUGGAUAUCUACCUAAAUUGGAUAUUUUUAAAGCCGACGUUGCGCGUAAUUGAUCAAGCUGAUCAGCACAGGGUGUUUACACAAAACAAUGAAGGGAAGACAUAAAAAUUUGAUUUCAUUUUGCAUUCACCCUGUACAUUAAGGACCAACAUAAUAAGUAUUAAACUUUGCUGAUAUCUAAGUCUAAAUCACGCGCCAAAUAUUAGAACUUAAAGCGUAAAGAAUGAAUUUUAACAGUUUCGAUACUUAUAUCUAUACAUAAUAUACAUAGUUAAGUAUAUCUUGAAAAUAAAGCCAAAUUUUACGACAACAUACGAACUAUAAUAAAGACACUAUACUGUAAUCAAAAGAAAAAAGCAAGCAACUUUAAUCGACAAAAAUAAUAAACUAAAAUUGGCGUAAAUGUGAAAUUUCCAAAGCGUUUGUUCUAAAACUUUAGCGAGGCAAGCAUGCUGAAAGCUCGUAAAGCGUGUGCGAGAACAUCAAAUAUAUAUGAUACUCGCAGGAUGAGCGCGCGCGCGCAAUAAUAACAUCACGUCGAUGUUUUGUGAUGUGUGAAGUUUGUUCGUUAUGCGCCGGAAAAUCGAACGUGAAUACAAAAAGGCCUUGAGUGCGUAUUACUAUUCGAGCGUCGUCGGCGUCAUAACAAUUAGGCAUUAGCGAUAUUAGUCUGUUAUUCUUCAAUACACUUAAUCCCUCCUAUUCCCCUUCAAAACACACACAAAAAAACUGAUACCCACUUUGUGAUAUGUAAACAUGGCACGCAGUUGUUUUUCAUUUCCAUCAGAAAAUGUACCUUGUAUAAAUUUAUUUUGUUUGCUCGUUUAUUGAAACUUUAUAAAAGUACACAACCACCAAGUUGUAAUUAAUUUUAUCGACAAGAUGUGCUUUCAAGCUUCUUACACACGAAACCGUGAUGAAUUUACUAUGAAAUACACGUAGAAGUUUAUAAACUACUAAAAUAAAGAAAAUACCAAACAAAGACAUUGUAUUUUAGGCUGUAAGGCACGUACUAACAUAAGAAUGGAAGACAUUUUAUUAAAAUAAUAAAACUAAUAUUUAUGAGGUAAAGAAAUGUACGAGUAUAAGACUAUGUAAAAUUACACUCGCAGAAGUAAAAGCAAAUGCAAAAAUAAAAUCUAAUAAAACUUCUUAUAUCUACUUA